CGUCCCUGUAAACAAACGAGGCGCAUAGCUAGAAGCUCUGUAGCUAACGUUAGCUUUCAUUUAAAGCAUUUAAAGAACAGACAUGCCGGUGAACGGCCGGAACUCCGUGUCACUGUGGUUCUUGUCGGACACGUUGUGGGGCGACACCAGCAGCAGUUUGGAUCUAGUAUGUUACGGUUGAUGGAUUUAACGUGAGCUAGGUUAGCUAGCAGGUUACCAAGGCAACGUCAGCCAACAGAUAGUAAACUGGGGGCUAAAGAGUAGUCCAUCGGUACCACCACCUGUCGUCCAGGUGGAUGACAUGGAGCAGUAUGGUAUUCUUGGUCGGAUAGGUGAGGGAGCUCACGGCAUCGUCUUCAAGGCCAAACACAUUGAGACUGGAGAGACAGUGGCUCUGAAGAAAGUGGCUCUGAGGCGGCUGGAGGACGGCAUUCCCAACCAGGCUCUGAGGGAGAUUAAGGCCCUGCAGGAGAUCGAGGACAACAAGCAUGUGGUGAAGCUGAAGGACGUCUUCCCUCAUGGGACGGGCUUUGUGCUGGUGUUUGACUUCAUGCUGUCCGACCUCUCUGAGGUGAUCAGGAACUUCCAGCGACCUUUGACCCCGGCUCAGGUCAAAGGCUACAUGAUGAUGCUGCUGAAGGGCGUGGCCUUCCUGCAUCACAACAACAUCAUGCACCGAGACCUGAAGCCAGCAAACCUCCUCAUCAGCUCUUCGGGUCAUCUGAAAAUUGCAGACUUUGGUUUGGCGAGAUUGUUCACUGAGCAGGAAGACCGACUGUACAGCCACCAGGUGGCCACCAGGUGGUACAGAGCCCCUGAGCUGCUGUACGGCGCCAGAAAGUACGACGAAGGAGUUGAUUUGUGGGCGGUGGGCUGUAUUUUCGGGGAGCUGCUGAACUCGUCUCCUCUGUUUCCUGGAGAAAACGACAUUGAACAGCUGUGCUGUGUCCUCCGAGUGCUGGGGACACCGACCGAGGACAGCUGGCCUGAGAUUGUGGAGUUGCCAGAUUACAAUAAAAUCACCUUCAAGGAGAAUCCAGCGAUCCCAUUGGAGCAGAUUGUCCCGGACUCUUCCCCUCAGGCCGUCGACCUGCUCUACAAAUUCCUGGUUUAUCCGUCUAACCGGCGCUGCUCAGCCAGACAGGCUCUCCUCCAUCCCUUCUUCUUCUCCUCUCCUAUUCCUGCUCACCACUCAGAGCUUCCCAUUCCUCAGAGGGGGGGUCGACUGCCCCACCAGCGGCUGCAGGCUCCGCCCAGCGACUUCUCAGUGGACCUGCCUCUGCAUUGCAGCAUGGUAAACCCUGCCCUGAUGCGGGGUCACGCCUCCUAACGCCCAUUAUUAUUAUUAUUAUUCAAUCAUUAGGAAGUCAACUGUCAGGUGUUUCCUGUUGUUCCAAAAUAAACAAACAGCAUAUAAAGGAUCAUCAAGGAGAGAUUACAUAACACAUACUUUAUGUAUAUACAUUAAAAUAUUUAUCUGAAACAUCCUCUGACCCGCUUGUUGUUUUGAACGGAUAAACUCGAUGAGGAGGAUGAUGCCUUCAGGGUCUCUUCGGAAACACCGUACAAAUGUUACAGAACUUCAAUCAAAAUGUGGCUGAAUUAAAUAGUGAGACUGAUCCAGGUGAGUUUUGGUAAAGCAGACCAGAGCCCAAUCGCGCUCACAUACUUUAAGGGUUUGGUUCUGUCCCUUUGUCAAAUCGUUGAGUGUUUGAGGCUCUCUGUUGGACAUUUUGAGCACUUAAUGAACCCCUUCUGUCGUCGGCAUCCAAUGGUUACGGAUAGAAG